ACCGAGGUUCUUCAGAAAGAAGGGCAAAGCCGCACCAUUCAAAUUCAUAAUACAUCAAACUAUUGUUCCCUGGGAGAACCGGACAUCGAGGUAGGGAAUCAUUUAGGCCUCAAUCCCUCGAGAAAGCGGCGAUGGCGUCAUCAGACGGGGCGGCGAUUCUACGUCAUUCGGAGUCAGCCGCCAAUCUGCGGAAGGACUGGCCGGCACGGCAAGCGGAACGGAGAAAGUUCCCAUAGUGCCUUGCGCGUAGAGCGGCCUGGUCUUGGUUGCCAUGGAGACCGGCGCCGUGCUGCGCGUGAAGAGAAAGCGCAGAGGCCCUUUGCCGGCCGAAGCGCUGGUCCUUGCCUGCAAACGCUUCCGCCUUGAGGCUGGGGCCGCCGCCGAGGCCUCCGCCGCCGCCUCGCCCGGAGAAGGUGAGGUGGAGAAGACGCUCUUCAAGUUAGUAGCCACCAUAAACUCGGAGGCCGAACCUGUUGACAAAUACAUACAGGAAGCUUUUACCCAACAGAAAGGAGGCCAGAUCCUGCGACCUGCUCUAGGGAGUGCUAAAAGAAUAAUCCAGGAUCUUCGUUCUUCAAAGCAAGCCAAAAGGCAGGAAAGCCGAUACCGUCUAAUCACAAGCCUCCGUCCAAAUCUCAGUGAUGGGGAAAAUGCUGUUCUCGGAGCAAAUGAGAAAGAAUCCGAUGAAAAGAAACCAUCCUCCAUAUCUGAGAAAGACAAAAAUGACGGCAGCUUGGGCUUUCAGUUCUUUGAUAUUAUACAGGAGGAAGAUGUGGAAAAUGAUACACCUGCUGCCCAUUUACAGAAAUCACAUCCGGAUGUGAUCCUUUGCAAUGCUGUAGAGAUGAUUCGUGAACGUUUAACAGUAUCUGACAACAGCAAAGAGGCAGAAGGUUGCUUAAAUCAAGAAGAGUAUGUCUAUGAUAUCUACUGUACGGAAACAGCUGCUCCAGGGUGGAUUGAGAACAUUCUCUCCGUACAACCUUACACUCAAGAGUUUGACUUGAAUCAGAAAAAAACAGCGGAGAUACCAGCGAUGAAGAUUGUGGAUGUAUCAGGCGAUCGUGGGAGAAGUAUGAAUCUGAAGUCCUGCGGGAGUGUGAAUAUGACGGAAUAAAGGAACUGGAUUCUGAGUAGCUUGCAGGAUCUUUCAUAGUCAUGAGACCCCGUGUGUGAUGUGGCCUUAACAAAUUGAGGCACCGCAACCCUCACUUGUCAUGCUGUUUUGGCCAGAGCAUCUUCAAAUCAAGAGAAAGCGGAUUGCCUUUAGCGUACCAGUCUUCGAAAAUGAAGGGAUGCAAGUGAUAUUGGCAGUUUUUGGGAUCUCAGCCGUGGCGUUGUACAAGUAAAGCCUGAAAUUAAAAGACAUAGUUGCCAUUUGGGGAUGCCUGACAGCUCCUUUUGACCUUGAAGGCAGAGGUUUCCAGAAAAAAAAGUCUCCUAAAAAGAUCUUUACUACAAGACUGGAAAGGUUGUUGUUAUCUUAUUGAAGCAAAUAGUUUGUUUUUGUAAGCAUUGUUGGAUCACUGCCUGUAGAUAGAUCUAUACUUGAAAAUAAUUGUUCGGAUUGGAAAUCUCUGCACCUUAAUAUUCCUAGUUGCCACGUAUAAAUCGUUAAUAAACUUUCCGUAUAAAAACGCUUAA